UCUACUACCUCAUUUGGCAGGAAGGGGGAUGUCCUCCUCGACAGGGAGAUAAAUGGGGGAAAGGAAAGCCAGUCGACUUCAGUAGAUUCCAACCGUUUUAUCUCUGCCUCCUGACUUACUUUUCGCAGUGAUGGCUGAUGCAGAAAAUAUUAAGGACACUGCAGUCAAGGUGCUGCACUGCCUGGAAAAGGUGUCUUCCUUCGCCUCCUCCAUCCACCCCAUCUUUGGGAUAAUCUCCUCCCUGGUAGGUGUGGCUCGCAAAGGCCUUAUCAAGGAGGAGGGCCACGCUCUGGACAAGGAGUUCCAGCCGCUCCACUCCGAACUGGAGACCAUCUCCAAAAAGAAUAGUGAAUGUCUGAUGCAGAUCCACCUCAACGAAGUGAACGAAACCUAUGGCAAGCUCGAUGUUAACAUUAGGCGCCAGUACGAAGCCUUCAAUGACAUGGUGAAAAACGUGAAAGAAGAUCCGAGCAACACCCAGCUCCACAUGGCGGCCUUCAAGAAGACUUAUUGGAAAGAGAAGGACGACAUGAGCCUGGAUGUGUACUACAAAGGGAUAAUGGGCAAAGAGCUGCUGUUUGCAAAACCCUUGCUGAACGCCUACUUUGACAGCUGCAAUGGCGACCGGAAGACCAUGGAGUACCACUGUUCACACAUCAUCCACCUGUUCCACAUGGGCCUCAUCGCCCUCAUGGGCUACACAGCUGUGGCCAAAGAUGACAAAGAUGAGAUGCAGAAGAAGUGGGCCAAGAGGGUAGUUGAGAUCCAGGAGAAGAUGGAGGCGGUGCUCAGUCAGUGCAAAGACAACUCAUCCUGAACAUGGGCAUCAUAGAGCGCAACGUCUACUCUUAGCUGUGGACCAAAAAAGAUAAAAGAUGUUAUGAUAUAUACCUUUAAUAAAACAGCCAUGCUUUAAUUCUCAUUUGGGUUUUUGUAUAAACAUUGUAUAACAUUUGUUUCAAAGGGACCAUGGUACGUUUCAGUUGAUUAUGUGCUGAAGUUUUGUACAAUCGCUUGAAUUAAAACUAUUAGUCGAUAA